CUCGCCCUCGAGCAGAUUACUUUCUUCCUCUUCGUCCCAGGCCGUCUCCGACAACCUAGACAAGCCCCUCUCCGCUACCAUGGUCUUCUCGCCUAGCACCUACCUCGUUUCGGCCGCUGUCGCGUGUGUGGCGCUGCAGAUGCAGCAAGCAUCAGCUGGAUCGCUGUUCUACGGUGUCACGACUGUCGCUAAAACUCAAAACGAGAUCACGGACAAAUCUCCGUUCUACGGUUCUGAUGUGGCUGACCAGGACUGCGCCAUUCAAGUGACAGUCGACCCGACGCUGCCCAACAUCACCACAAUUCUACCCGAGCCGGUGGAGUACCCGGACCUGCUAGCCAACCUCACCACGGCCCCCGCUGACCCCGUGUUCACCAAGGUGGGCGAGGCUGAUGUGUCGGAGGACUGCCCCACUAAAGAUGCCGACCUGGAUGCUUACCUCGACUCGACUAUCCCGUGGACUAACACGGGAACGCCCACCAAGAUCGGCGUCGAGACCGUCAAGGACUGUGCCACCGGUUGGGAUGACACGGCUAUCCAGGCAAAGGUUGAGAAGAAACGUCGCCUUGAGGCCAACGGAAACGCGGACAUCGCCAAGCUUGAGGCUUUCUUCGGUACCAAGAUGGAGAUGACGUUGAAGGACCUGCCUACUCAGGCUGUUCACACGCCAUCGCCGUGGGCUGGUCCGUACUGGCCCACGUACCAGGACAGUAUCAACGUUGUCUGGAGCCAGGGACAGCCCAGUCCUGCUGAGAAGUACGCCAAGGCUUUCGGGAAGGACGUGACGGCCUUCAUGGACGCAGUGUCCAAGAAGAACGGCAUUGAUUCGCACAGCGGUCGCAAGAAAUGCACGUCGAAAAAUGACUGCGCGUCCCUCACCGACGGCAGCGAGUGUGCCAUUCGUCCUGGCAAGAGCUCGGGCUACUGUAUCCCGACGUGGUUCGGUAUCUGCCACGCCUGGGCUCCAGCCGCCAUUCUGGAGGCUGAGCCUAACUGCCCUGUUACGUACAAUGGCGUGACGUUCCAGCCCAUGGACCUGAAGGCCCUGAUUUCGUCGGUCUACGACGGUGCUCGCGUGGCGACGGUGUUCACUGGUGCUCGCUUCAACGGUGGUGAGGACUCCACGGAUGAGUACGGCCGUCACUCCAGCAACGCGUACCGUGACUUGAACCCUGCCUACUUUCACAUUGCCAAUGGCAACAUCUUGGGCAAGCUGAACUCCACCUACGUUGCGGAUGUGACGGCUGGUGCUGAGGUGUGGAACCAGCCCGUGCGUGGCUUCAAGGUGUACGAGCAGACAAAGAUGUCACUGAAGAAGGCUGCCCAGACCUUCUACGGUCUGCAAAAGUACCCGUGGAACUCGGCUGCCAAAAGCAUUGUAUACGUCAAGUCGCGUCUCUCGUGGAUCUUCGAGACGUACACGGACGGCGGUCUGGUGUCUUCGGGCGCCAUCAACCAGUACACUACCGGACAGUACUACCACUACCUUCUCGAGUUGGAUUCUGCUGGUGAGAUCAUUGGCGGUGAGUGGGUCUACGGCUCUGAUGACGACCACCCGGACUUCCUGUGGCUCCCCAAGGCGAAGCCAGCUGCUAACACUGUGACAAGCAUUGGUUUGAGCUACGCGGACGUUAGCAUGCUGCUGCAGAAGUCGCUGUCCUGCUAGGCAUAAGGAUUGUGUGUCUGGGCAGAGAAUCGCUAAAGAAAGACCAUUGUUUUUAAAUCAGUAAAAAUAGAAAGAUGCCGUCUUAGAGCUUUA